AGGAGGAAGAGGAGGAGAAGUAGGAGGAGGAAGAGGAGGAGGGACGAGUGAUGCAAGGAUUUUGAAAAAAAAAAAAAAGAAGAAGAAGAAGAAAACGCUACCUCCAUGUGGGAGGUGGAACCUGGUCAUUUGGUUCUGCUUUUCCCAGCAGGUACCGCUCCCCUGGGGAACUUGGAUGUUUGAGACAGAGGCAGAUGAGAAGGAGAUGCCCCUGGUGGAGGGGAAGGGGCCAGGUGCUGAGGAACCCACACCCAGCAAAGAUCCCUCUCCUGGCCAGGAGCUUCCUCCAGGACAAGACCUCCCACCUAGGAAAGACCCCUCUCCCAGCCAGGAGCUUCCUCCAGGACAAGACCUCCCACCUAGAAAAGACCCUUCUCCUAGCCAGGAGCUUCCUCCAGGACAAGACCUCCCACCCAGGAAGGACUCCUUCUCAGACCAAGAAGCUGCUCCUGGCCCAGAGUCACCGUCCAGUGAAGACACAGCGAUCCACCCAAAGUCCCCUCAAAGCCCAGAAAUCUCAACAAGCAAGGACUCCCCACCAGACCAGGGAUCCUCUCCAACCACAGAACUUCCAUCUUGCCAGGGCCUUCCUUCUGGUCAAGAAUCUACUAGCCAGGACCCUUUGUUCAGUCAAGAGGCCCCUGUUAUCCCAGAAUCCUCUGCCUCCGUCCAGAACCAUCUACCAUCUCAGGAGUCAUCUCCCAGCCAGGGCUCCCCACCAGAGAAGGCCCUUGCUGAGCAGACCAUCAGCUCUGGGGAGCUACCAGCAGCCACUGCAGCUGAACCUCCAGCCUCCAGACCUAACUUUGUGAUCCCCGAGGUCCGACUGGAUAGUGCCUACAGCCAGCAGGAUGGGGCCCACGGAGGCAGCUCUGGUGAGGACGAAGAUGCCGAAGAGGGAGAGGAGGGGGAAGAAGGGGAGGAAGAUGAGGAGGACGACACUAGCGACGACAACUUCGGGGAUCGUAGUGAGGCCAAGCGCAGCAGCCUGAUUGAGACUGGCCAAGGCGCUGAGGGCGGCCUCUCGUUGCGUGUACAGAACUCGCUGCGGCGCCGGACGCACAGCGAGGGCAGCCUGCUGCAGGAGGCCCGUGGGCCCUGCUUUGCCUCUGAUACCACCCUACACUGCCCUGAUAGUGAGGGCACCACAUCCACCUGGGCCAUCCCUUCACCCCGCACCCUCAAAAAAGAACUGGGUCGCAAUGGAGGCUCCAUGCAUCACCUUUCCCUGUUCUUCACUGGACACAGGAAGAUGAGUGGAACUGACCUCGCAGAUGAUGAUGAAGCCUCCCGGAAGAGAAAGAGCAAAAACAUAGCCAAGGACAUGAAGAAUAAGCUGGCUAUCUUCAGGCGGCGGAAUGAAUCUCCUGGGGCCCAGCCAGCCAGCAAGACAGACAAGACAACCAAGUCCUUCAAGCCUACCUCGGAGGAAGCCCUCAAGUGGAGUGAGUCCCUGGAAAAGCUGCUGCUUCAUAAAUAUGGCUUAGAAGUGUUCCAGGCCUUUCUUCGCACUGAGUUCAGUGAGGAGAACCUGGAGUUUUGGCUGGCUUGUGAGGAUUUCAAGAAGGUCAAAUCACAGUCCAAGAUGGCAGCCAAAGCCAAGAAGAUCUUUGCUGAAUUCAUUGCGAUCCAGGCUUGCAAGGAGGUAAACCUGGACUCGUACACACGAGAACACACCAAGGAGAACCUGCAGAGCAUCACCCGAGGCUGCUUUGACCUGGCACAAAAACGUAUCUUUGGGCUCAUGGAGAAGGACUCUUACCCUCGCUUCCUUCGCUCUGACCUCUACCUGGACCUCAUUAACCAGAAGAAGAUGAGUCCCCCGCUCUAGGGACCACCAGUAUCCAGCUCAGCGUUCACACCAAGCGGAGCGGGCUCCCUGCCCACCCGCCUCCCUUCCCUGUGACAGAGGGGGCAAGUAAGCCCCCAGAGGCUGUGUCUCCAGACAGACAGAUGGACAUUUGAAUUCAAGGCCUGGACUGAGAGAGACCCAGGCCACUACAGGAAGUAGGAGGACCAGCCGCAUCAGGUCCUUAACGCCCUGGUACGAGGGGACCAAGGGCCCUGGCAGGUCAGGGCCCUGGAGGAGCCAGAUCAGGAGCUGUGGCUCCCUGCUUUGGAGAUUUGGAGAUUUCCCGCUGACCAAGUUCCUUUGAGAACUGGCUGGGGUGGGGGCAGGAGGCCCAUGCCUGGGCUCUAGGUCCAUCCUGGAGGCUGUUGGGCCUUCCCCCUUUGAGUUUUAUUUAUUUAAACAGUAGUUGGAUGCUUGGCACAUGAACUGUAAUAGGAAAGCUCUCACCCUGUCAGUUUUCUUAACUUACAAGUGCAAUAUCUUACCCAAGGCCUUGCGAAGGCCACCUGUAGGGGUGGUCACCAUCCUACAGUUUCAGGGCAUUUGCUGGUCCCAGGAACCAGUGGUGGCAGCUGGGCCUUCUAGACUGACAAGGCUUUGGGGGGAUGCUACAGAAAUCUGGUACCCCCCUAGGUGCCCAAGAGAUCUGGAAAAGCAUAGUGCCCUUCGGCCACACAGAAACAAGUUCUGGGGCAAAUAAAAGGCCUGUGAUAUUCUCA